GUGCGUACUCUGUUGCACACAUAAUUGUGGAGCGCAGGCGCACACAUGCCCUGCAGAUCUUGUUUGGAAUAGCACCCUUGUUACUCAAGGUAAGAAUAACCUCUUCAUUGCCACUUGGGGACUAAAGCAAAUAAAAAGACAAAAAAAAAGGGGUUUUAAAAAUAUCCUCCAAAAUCCAUUUAUAUCUAUAUUUCCAAUCUAAAACAAUGGAUUCAAGUACCUCGAAUCACCGGGGAUAAAAGGAAGGAUUUCAAUACAUUUUCAUUCUAUAAUAAUUUUGGAAACCUGCAGAGGUGCAGCAUGAGUUGGGGAAUGCCAGAUACAGUGUCCCUAGAGCAGGCUGUGUUUUUGCUUGUGUGCAUUUUUUUUUUUUGUGAUACGAAAAGAGAUCUGAUUGCUCAUCAUCUCUAUUUCUUCUCUCAUUUCUAUUCAUUUCUGUCAAAAUCUCCCAUUUCCUUUUCAUUGUUAUUGCUUUUACAUUCCCUUCUUUUGUUUCCCACCAGAUGUAUUUUUUUCAUUGCCCUACAUUUGCCCCAUCUCACUCCCCAUUUAACCCCUUCUUCCCUUGCAUGUCUGUAAUCUGAUCUGCUAAUUAUUUAACCCUUCUUCCUAUUGCGCUUUCUCCGUAUAACCAAUUUACCCAAUGUAUCCCUCUGUUUACCUGUAAAAGUCAAACCUUCUCUACCUUUAACAUGUAUUUUUAGUGCAUCCAUUGACACCUGUCUCUACUCACUUCCAUGCCCUCUAUCUUCCCCAUUCUGCUUUCACCCACUUUCCUAGGAGACAGACACCAUGGAUUUGAUAAAUAAAAUGAAAAGCGAUGCAGAGACUGAUGUUCCCUCAAGCCAGGGAUUCAGAGAGCAAUCUGUACUAAUGGUCUCUUCCACUCCACCAGGUAACUUACAGUAAAUCAAGAAAAACAUGGAAGAAUAUCAGAAUAAUUCUAAACGGAAUUAUAUUUAAACACAAUUUUUUACAACCCAAGGCAAAAAAAUCAUUCAAACUUGUAGGGAUGCGUCUAGCAGUACGCUGCUCUCAGAUUAGGUGCUCAGUGCAUUAACGAUUUGUAUCCAAGAAAGGGGGAGUAGUACACUCUUUAUGGUGUAAUAAUGAGGGUUCCACUGACCUCUAGAUCCAAAGUCCAGAAAUAUGGUAAAACUAGUAAUUAUGGUCCUACACAAUUUCUUGGUAGCCCGCAGUCCAUUUUAUUUGCUAUCAGUGCAUAGAUAAUGGCAACAGUUUGACCAGUCUGGUGGCCUUUGGAACACACUGGGUACGAUAUCUGUGCCUCCUACAUGACUGAUGUAUGCUUUAUAGUACACUUUAUAUUCCAUUAUGUGCCCUCAUGCCAAUAUUUUGAUAAUAUGAGAGCUAGAACGUAAAAUGUGUAUAAAUUCAUCCCUGAAUCUCCAUUUGAUAGCCAGCUGAUGUAAGUGACUAAGGCCCAACAUUUGUCUAAAUCAGUGGUUCCCAAACCAGUCAUCAUGGCCCACCAACAAUCCAGGAUUUAUGUAUUUCCCUUUUUUAAUCGGAUGGAGAUACUGCCAAAACCUGGACUGUUGGUGGGUCGUGGGGACUGAUUUGGUCUAAAUAGAGCAAGACGUAUGUGGCUACUUGUUUGUUUUUGUUUUUUGACUUCAGUGCUCAACACAUUAGUGUACCCUAAUACUUGACUUUAAACAGUUAAAGGGACACUAUAGUCACCAAAACAACUUUAGCCUAAUGAAGCCGUUUGGGUGUAUAGAUCAUGCCUCUGUAGUUUUACUGCUCAAUUUACUGCCAUUUAGGAGUUAAAUCACUUUUGUUUCUGUUCAUGCAGCCCUAGCCACACCUCCCCUGGCUGUGAUUGACACAACCUGAAUGAAAACAAAAUAGUUUCAUUUUCAAUCUGAUGUAACAAACUUUAAACGUUUUUAUCUCCUGAUUUGUAAAUUGAUCUUUAAUUACCUUCAAGAGGCUCCUCCUGGGUCUAGCAAGCUAUUAACAGAGCAGGAGAUGAGAAAUUCUAAGAUAAACAGAAUUUAAAAUAAAGGAAGUGUAAACAUUAGAUGACUCUUUACAGGAUGUGUUUAGGAAGGCUGUGCAAGUCACAUGGAGGGAGGGGUGUCUAGGGUUCUAGAAACAAAGUGAUUUAACUUCUAAAUGGCCAAGAAUUGAGCAGUGAGACUGCAGGGGCAUAAUCUUUACAGCAAAACCCUGUCAUUAAGCUAAAGUUAUUCUGGUGACUAUAGUGUCCCUUUAAGAUGGUUGCAUAAGAUAUAUGAUGUAAAAUAAUUUCUAAGCAGUUCCCCAUUAUGUUCUUUUUAUAAACAUCCUUAUUUAAAAUAUACAGCAGGUGAACCUAUACUAUUAAUGUGACUUUUCACGGUAGCUGUGAAGUUACCACCUACAACCUCAACAGACAAACAGAGCCCUCUGGUGGAUGAAAAGAGGAAUGCAAGAGUGAUGGAGCUUAUCACAGUCACCGUGAAUCCCCAGGUGAGAGGAAAUCUAUUUAUGAAUAUUUUAACAAGCCCCACUACUGAUCAAUUUUGUUAUGUGGAAUGGAAAACCACCCUCUGAUUGUGAUUUCCUGGGUCGGGUUUGCAUGAUUUUAACACAGGGGAGUUUUAUCAAGUUGCAAAGAGCAAAAUGUUGAGAAACAUUCGAUUGACACCUUUAUUUUGAUAACCCACCACGACAUGUCAACUACUCAUGUCUUAACAUUCAAAGAACUCUGUCAAACACUUUUGCACACUUCAUCUCACAAUUGUACAUGAAUGUGUCAGACAUUCUUGAUAAUUAUCUCUGGUGCCUCUGGUCACAUAUCAUGAGACUCCUACCAAAUUCAGAACAGCUGCUAGGCAGGCUACAUCUUGUUUUACAUCAUGUAUAUAUUUCAGUCAGUUUACAUUGCUGUAAUUCUUGUAUGGCCUAUAAAAAACACCUGAAAACAAGGCACAAUCUAUAAAGAACUAUAAAAGGGUGCAAACCAAGUGUAGACGAUGAUAUAAACAAUCCACCCUUUCAAACAGAACUCAGUUCAAACAAAAUCCUUCCUCUUUACCAUAACACAACCAACAAAGUUCAUAAAGUUAAACUAUUGCAUCUCCAGAACAUCUAUGCAACUUUAUUUUCUGGAGACGCUAAUGGACUAUAUUCAGUGAGGGAAAAAAGUAUUUGAUCCCCUGCUGAUUUUGAACGUUUGCCCACUGACAAAGAAAUUAUCAGUCUAUAAUUUCAAUGGUAGGUGUAUUUUAACAGUGAGAGACAGAAUAACAAAAAACAAAUCCAGAAAAACACAUGUCAAAAAAGUUAUAAAUUGAGUUGCAUGUCAUUGAGUGAAAUAAGUAUUUGACCCCUUCGACUUGGUGGCAAAACCCUUGCUGGCAAUCACAGAGGUCAGACGUUUCUUGUAGUUGGCCACCAGGUUUGUACACAUUUCAGGAGGGAUUUUGUCCCACCCCUCUUUGCAGAUCCUCUCCAAGUCUUUAAAGUUUCGAGGCUGACGUUUGGCAACUCGAACCUUCAGCUCCCUCCACAGAUUUUCUAUGGGAUUAAGGUCUGGAGACUGGUUAGGCCACUCCAGGACCUUAAUGUGCUUCUUCUUGAGCCACUCCUUUGUUGCCUUGGCUGUGUGUUUUGGGUCAUUGUCAUGCUGGAAUACCCAUCCACAACCCAUUUUCAAUGCCCUGGCUGAGGGAAGGAGGUUCUUACCCAAGAUUUGACGGUACACGGCCCUGUCGAUCGUCCCUUUGAUGUGGUGCAGUUUUCUUGUCCCCUUAGCAGAAAAACACCCCCAAACCAUAACGUUUCCACCUCCAUGUUUGACGGUGGGGAUGGUGUUCUUGUAGCAUUCCUCCUCCUCCAAACACGGCGAGUUGUGUUGAUGCCAAAGUGCUUGAUUUUGGUCUCAUCUGACCACAACACUUUCACCCAGUUCUCCUCUGAAUCAUUCAGAUGUUUGAUGAUAGAUUGCUUUGUGGACAGACGUCUUACAGGUAACGAUCUGAGAUUAGGAGCACUCCCUUUAAGAGAGUGCUCCUAAUCUCAGCUCUUUACCUGUAUAAAAUACACCUGGGAGCCAGAAAUCUUGCUGAUUCAUAGGGGAUCAAAUACUUAUUUUACUCAUUGACAUGCAAAUCAAUUUAUAACUUUUUGGACACGCGUUUUUUCAAUUUUUUUGUUUUUGUUAUUCUGUCUCUCACUGUUAAAAUACACCUACCAUUAAAUUUAUAGACUGAUACUUUCUUUAUCAGUGGGCAAACGUUCAAAAUCAGCAGAGGAUCAAAUACUUCCCCCCGCACCCCCACUGUAUUAACAUGAUUUGGGAGUGUUAAGCAUCAAAAUUAAAGCACGGAUAGUGGAGAAAACCUUGGUAGCAUUGACAGGCAAUGUGACAUACACUCAGUAUAUGAAAGCAUAGAACAUGAUAUUGGCCCAUCUAGUCUACACAGAAUACAAUUAAGAUGAUGAGUUUACUUGUUUGCUCAUCAAGGUAGCCUAAUAUAGUGUAAGGUGGCCUUCAUGGUCUAUAUUUUUGUUGCUGGAGCCCAAGUCACAAAGAUAUGCCAUCUAUGGUGGCUGAAGAUGGAGACAGAUCCUAGUAGUGAAUAAUACCACCAAUGGAAAUCUAGAAAAGUAGUUAAAGGAUCACUAUAGGGUCAGGAAAACAAACAUGUAUUCCUGACCAUAUAGUGUUAAAACCACCAGCUAGCCCCCCUGGGCCCCUCAUGUCUCCAUAAAUAUAGUAAAAAUCUGUAUUCAAGCCUGAAGCUGCUGGCUCUGCCCUGUCUGCCUCAGAAAAAACAAGCAGUCUGCUGACAUCAUCAGAAGUGGUAGCCUGAUCCAAUCACAAUGCUUCUCCAUAGCUGAGACUGACAAAGAGGCAGAUCAGGGGCAGAGCCAGCAUGAUUCAAACAAAGCCCUGGCCAAUCAGCAUCUCCUCAUAGAGAUGAAUUGAAUCAAUGAAUCUCUAUGAAGAAAGUUCAGUGUCUGCAUGCAGAGGGUGGAGACACUGAAUGUUUGGAUGCAUUUUAGGAAGCCAUGACCCAGAAAGGAUCUCUAACAGCCACCUGAGGAGUGGCCAGUGGAGUUAUCACUAGGCUGUAAUGUAAACACUGCAUUUUCUCUGAAAAGACAGUGUUUACAGCAAAAAGCCUGAAGGUAAUGAUUCUACUCACCAGAACAAAUUCAAUAAGCUGUAGUUCUGGUGACUAUAGUGUCCCUUUAACAGUCCAAAUGUCAGAAGACUAAAUAAGAUGAAAGUCAUGGUCUGUGUAAGCCAAAUAAGGGAAGAGGAACUGCAAGCAGUGAAAUCAAGGAAUCGAACAAGGUGCGUGGCACUGGUCAACUCAUGGUUGGAGUUCUGAGAGCUCUAGAAAAGUAAAGUGAUGACUUGACUCUUUUAAAAAUCAUUACAGGUCAGUUACACACAGAAAAUGGGGUGCAAUAAGACUUGUCAUGACAGAAUGAUAGAGAUAAAUUGAUACAAAACAUCUUAAAGAAAUUUGUAGCAAUAUAAUCUUAUCGUAAAAACAAUACACCCUUUCAAAUAGAAUUAAAUUCAAACAGAAUCCAUCCCCUUUACCUUAACACAACUAACGGGAUUCAUAAUCCAAGACUCCAGAAAAUAAAAGAAAUCUUUGAAUAAAAGUACAGACUGUGUCUAACAGAAUCUCAUAAAGGAAAUAGACAAACUUUAUCUUGAUCUCCUGAAAUGGAAAUAAAGACGUUCAGAACCUCAACUGAGUACAACGCAGAGUGUGGACCGAAAUAGGUUGUGGACGAGUGGGGUUCAACUUUGCCAAAAAAUCAUUUGUAUACUUAUCUUUGUAUGGAGAAGUCUCAAACCAAUCAAAAUAAAAUAACAUUGCCAAGCAGGUAACCAUCUGAAUGAAGGUCAGGGGACAGGUGGCUUUCUAUUGCACUAUAAUUGCCUGCCUACAAGUAUAGAAACUUAAUAAUAUCAUCAGCAAGUUCAACAAGGUUUAUCUUACCACAUUAUUAACACAAUAUGUGCUAAAAAAUGACACAGGAUAUGUAGAUUAUGUGGGAACACAGGGCACAACACACUGCUCUCAAUGAUUGUACUUGGUGGAGAUUGAUUCGACAACUAAGGAUGCCCAUGUCAUAAAUGGUUCAUUAUAAUAAACCAAAAAUGGCUCUAAGCAUGCAUACUUUAUUCUAUGUUUUGGUUUAACUACUUUUCAAUAUGUCAUAGCUUACAUUCUCCAUAGCAAGCAACCAUUUUUCUUUCAAUUCUUGUUAGAUGGUUUGGUAAUCAAUGUUCCAUAACCUUUGUUGUUGAUGCAGAAUGAUUUUACAAAUCAUAAUCCCUCGUUUUGCUAGAAUGGUGUGCCCAUCACAUUAUUGUCACUUUAGGGCUUUGCUAGCAUAGUUUUUGUUAGUGUUGUUGUCUGUGGAAGUUGUUUAGAUGUGGGCAAAGUUUCCCAUAGUUGUGCAUCAUUGACCUGAUUUUUGGUGCAAUUUCAUCACUGGUCAAAAUAUUUUGCUUAUUACUCUUACACAAUAGUAUUUCUAUGCCCUGUAGCCUGAACGUUCUUGUUUGUUCCGUUACAGUUCCGUGUCAGCCGAUUGGAUCUCAAAGAGGAGCUUCCCAAAAUCCCCAAAGAAGAGACCCCUGAUGAGCCCAAUGAUAAUGACAGAAAGGUGCCUUAUCAAGGUAUAACAUGACACACUUUAUAUAGUAGAAUUGCACAUCUGGCUUGCAGGACUUGUUUCUUGUAGAUUGUGUGUUUGAGUUCCUGUGUCACUGAGAAUUUCUGUUUCUUCACAGAUUCAGAAGGGAGAGACAGUCCCACCGUUGACCCCUCCAUGUGUUUGUGUGAUACUUGUGGUUGUCGCCACAUGGUAGGAGGCACAUGUGAGACCUGCGGUGAUAUCUGUCACUUCAGAGAAAGGUAAGUCUGAGAGUUGCAUGUCAGUGUGACUUGGAUACGGAGUAAGGAAGUCAGUGUCAACCUGUCCCUGGUUUCUGUGGUGUCCACAGCAAGUCCCUGAUUCUGGAGACAUUACCAGGUUUUGGGGUUAGCAGCGAGGUCCCUAAACCAGUCAAGAAACGGAGACCCAAGGAAUAUCAAAGUCCAGCAGAGUCGGAGCUUGACCAACUGGUGAGAACAGAAUUGUUUGCUCAUUGUUACUAUAUUUCUUAUGUCUGCAAAGUGUAAUGAAGGAGGUUGUUAAUAAUUGCCAAAUACAACCUCUUUCUGUGCAUGUACUACUACAUGACCAGGACUUUUACCAGAAAGUGUGUAGUAGAUACAGAUUACUGAUUGAAGGAUGUAUUAUGUAGUGUAUGCAGAUAGCUGAUUGAAGGAUCAGGUGUAUAGUGUAUACAGAUUACUGAUUGAAGGAUACAGUGUGUAAUGUAUGCAGAUAACUGACGAAUCGGGUGUAUAAUGUAUACAGAUUACAGAAUGAAGGAUGUAGUGCAAGCAUGUCAAACUCAAAGGCUAACAUGGGCCAAGUAAACAAGGUUUAAGUUUAUGUGGGCCGCAAAAAAACAAAAAUUUAAGUUUUUAUAAAAAACCUAGUAGAGCUUAAAAGUAAACAAAAGAGCAAAUUUAUUUUAAGGAGACGCGCAUUUGCAUAUAACCAAUGGUCAGUCCAACUACCGUGACCUAUUAAGAAAAGUUUGGUAAUGGGACUGAAAUGGUGAAUGUAUGCUGUUGCACAGCUGUAAAAAAUUAAUUACGUUAUCUUGUUGAUUUUAAAGUCCUAUGAGUGUGUUCUUCACUUUGGCUGAAAUCAUCAAACUUGAUGAGCUCAGCCAAUCCAAUGGUUUCCCAUAGGAAAGCAUUGGGAGGCUAUUGUGCAUGUGUGGCAAAGAGCUGCGCGGCCAAUCAGCAUCUUCAUAGGGAGCGUUCAGCGCCUCCAUGCAGACCCAAUCUAAUACACUGCCCCCUCCCCCCAAUCUAAUACACUGCCCUCCAUCUAAUACACUGCCCCCUCCACCCAAUCUAAUGCACUGCCCUCCAUCUAAUACACUGCCCCCUCCACCCAAUCUAAUACACUGCCCCCUACUCCCAUUCUAAUACACUGUCCUUCAUCUAAUACACUGCCCCCUCCACCCAAUCUAAUGCACUGCCCCCAUUCUAAUACACUGCCCCCUCCACCCAAUCUAAUGCAUUGCCCCUUAAUCUAAUACACUGCCCUACUCGCAUCCCUCUAAUUUAAUGCACUGCCCUCCCUCGCCCUCCCCCAUUCUAAUACAUUGCCCCCAAAUCCAAUACACUGCCCCCUCUCCGCCCACUCUACUACACUUCCCCCUCCACCCAUUCUAAUACACUGCCCCUCCUCCCUCCCACUCUAACUGAAUACACAGCCCCCUCCCCCAUUCUAAUACACUGCCUCCCUUCACUUUAAUACACAGCCCGCCCCAUUCUAAUACACUGCCCUCCUCCUCCACUCUAAUUGAAUACACAGCCCCCCUCCCCAUUCUAAUACACUGCCCCUCCUCCCUUCACUUUAAUUGAAUACCCUCCUCCCUCCACUUUAAUUGAAUACACAGCCCCCUCCCCCAUUCUAAUACACUGCCUCUCCUCCCUCCACUUUAAUUGAAUACACAGCCCCCUCCCCCAUUCUAAUACACUGCCCCUCCUCUCUCCACUUUAAUUGAAUACACAGCCCACUCCCCCAUUCUUAUACACUGCCCACAAAUUCAAUAUACUGCCCCCAAAUCCAAUACAUUCAGGGCCGGCCUUAGGGGUGUGCGAGCUGUGCAGCCACACAGGGCGCCAUGGCAACAGGGGCGCCCUGGCAGCUGACACAGCUCACACAUGGCCGGAUGUGAACUGUGUGCACCUGCUACCCGGGUGGAGGAUUUCAUUUUUCACCACCAGGGUAGCCGACUAUCCCAAAACACCCAUGUGUGGGUGGGCGGAGCUUACCAAGUGGUGGGCGGAGCUAAUGCAGAGGCAGGGCCAUACAUGGCAGCACAGGCGUAGCUGCGCGGCCAAUCAGCAUCUUCAUAGGGAGCGUUCAGCGCCUCCAUGCAGACCCAAUCUAAUACACUGCCCCCUCCCCCCAUUCUAAUACACUGCCCUCCAUCUAAUACACUGCCCCCUCCACCCAAUCUAAUACACUGCCCCCUACUCCCAUUCUAAUACACUGCCCUUCAUCUAAUACACUGCCCCCUCCACCCAAUCUAAUGCACUGCCCCCAUUCUAAUACACUGCCCCCUCCACCCAAUCUAAUGCAUUGCCCCUUAAUCUAAUACACUGCCCUACUUUCGCAUCCUCUAAUUUAAUGCACUGCCUCCCCCUCCCUCCCCAUUCUAAUACAUUGCCCCCAAAUCCAAUACACUGCCCCCUCCCCCACUCUACUACACUUCCCUCCACCCAUUCUAAUACACUGCCCUCCUCCCUCCACUCUAAUACACAGCCCCCAUUACACUACCCUCCUCCCUCCACUCUAAUACACAGCCCCGCCCCCAUUCUAAUACACUGCCCUCCUCCUCCACUCUAAUUGAAUACAGCCCCUCCCCAUUCUAAUACACUGCCCCUCCUCCCUCCACUUUAAUUGAAUACACCCCUCCCCAUUCUAAUACACUGCCUCUCCUCCCUCCACUUUAAUUGAAUACAUCCCCAUUCUAAUACACUGCCCUCCUCUCUCCACUCUAAUUGAAUACAGCCCUCCCCCCAUUCUAAUACAUUUAAAAUCCAAUACAUUGCCCCCUCUCAGCCCACUCUACUACACUUCCCCUCCACCCAUUCUAAUACACUGCCCCUCCUCCCUCCACUCUAAUUGAAUACACAGCCCCUCCCCCAUUCUAAUACACUGCCCCUCCCUCCCUUCACUUUUAAUUGAAUACAUAGCCCCGCCCCCAUUCUAAUACCUGCCCCUCCCUCCCUCUAAUUGAAUACACAGCCCCCCCCCAUUCUAAUACACUGCCCCUCCUCCCUCCACUUUGGUGAAUACACAGCCCCCUCCCCAUUCUAAUACACUGCCUCUCCUCCCUCCACUUUAAUUGAAUACACAGCCCCCUCCCCCAUUCUAAUACACUGCCCCUCCUAUCUCCACUUUAAUUGAAUACACAGCCCACUCCCCCAUUCUAAUACACUGCCCACAAAUUCAAUAUACUGCCCCCUAAUCCAAUACAUUCAGGGCCGGCCUUAGGGGUGUGCGAGCUGUGCAGCCACACAGGGCGCCAUGGCAACAGGGGCGCCCUGGCAGCUGACACAGCUCACACAUGGCCGGAUGUGAACUGUGUGCACCUGCUACCCGGGUGGAGGAUUUCAUUUUUCACCACCAGGGUAGCCGACUAUCCCAAAACACCCAUGUGUGGGUGGGCGGAGCUUACCAAGUGGUGGGCGGAGCUAAUGCAGAGGCAGGGCCAUACAUGGCAGCAGAGGCGUAGCUAAGUGCGCCCAGAAGCCGGUGUUGGUGCUGCACAGGAAAAGGGAAGCAGGAAGAAGUACCUGCUUCCCCAACAACUCCAGGAGCUGUACUGCCUCCACUUCUCACUUACAAUUACUGAACAUAAUAGAGAGAGGUAACCUUCCAUUUGGGUAUGUGUGUGUCUGUAACUGUGUGUGUGUGUGUCUGUAACUGUGUAUGACUGUAACUGUGUGUGUGUCUGUAACUGUGUGUGUGUUUGUAACUGUAUGUGUGUCUGUAACUGUGUGUGCGUGUGUUUCUGUAACUGUAUGACUAUAACUGUGUGUGUGUGUGUCUGUAACUGUGUGUGUCUGUAACUGUGUGUGACUGUCUGACUGUCUGUGUGUGAGAGACUGUCUGUGUGUGUGUGUGUGUGAGACUGUCUGCCUGUGUGUGUGUGACUGUAACUGUGUGUGACUGCAAGUGUGUGUGUAUUACUAACUGUGUGUUUGACUGUUUCCUAUACAAACACUACACCCCUAUACACACACACACACACUAUACAUGGAUGAAGAAGGGGGGAGGGCCCCAUGGCAACAGGGGCGCCCUGGCAGCCGACACAGCUCACACAUGGCCGGAUGUGAACUGUGUGCACCUGCUACCCGGGUGGAGGAUUUUUUAUUUUUCACCACCCGGAUAGCCAACUAUCCCAAAACACAUAUGUGCGGGUGGCCGGGGCUUACACACACACACUAUACAUGGAUGAAGAUGGGGGGGCGCUGUCAGGAUUUUUCGCACAGGGCACCUAAAGGCCUAAGGCCGGCCCUGAAUACAUUGCCCCCACUCCCAUCACUCUAAUUUAAUACACUGCCCUCCCUCAUCCAAAACUCUCUGCUCAGCAGAACGCCAGCCACUCUGCUCUCUUGUGACCAUGGGAGGUAAGACACGAAUCAAACAGGAAAUAUCUUUCCUGUCUUGCGGCUGGUCACAGCCCCAGCACAAAGUGGCCCCAGGGCAGGUGGGACGCAAAUAUAUUCAUUGUGUGCCGCAGGUUUGACAUGCUUGAUGUAGUACAUACUGAUUACUGAUUGAAGGAUACAGUGUGUAGUGUGUACAGGUUACUGAUUGAAGGAUGAUAUAUAUAUAUAGUGUAUGCAGAUAUCUGAUUGAAGGAUCGGGUGUAUACAGAUUACUGGUUAUAGGAUGUUGUAUAUACAGAUUAUUAAUUGAAGAAUGAGGUGUAUAGUGUAUACAGAUUACUGGUUAUAGGAUGUUGUGUAUACAGAUUACUAAUUGAAGAAUGAAGUGUAUAGUGUAUACAGAUUACUGGUUAUAGGAUGUUGUGUAUACAGAUUACUAAUUGAAGAAUGAGGUGUAUAGUGUAUACAGAUUACUGAUUAUAGGAUAUUGUGUAUACAGAUUACUAAUUGAAGAAUGAGGUGUAUAGUGUAUACAGAUUACUGAUUGAAGGAAACUGUGUAGUGUAUACAGAUUACUGAUUGAUAUUAUGUGUAGUGUAUAUAGAUUACUGAUUGAAAGAUACAAUGUGUAGUGUGAUGAUUACUGAUUGAAUGAUAUUAUGUGUAGUGUAUAUAGAUUACUGAUUGAAUGAUAUUGUGUAGUGUAUAUAGAUUACUGAUUGAAGGAUACAUUGUGUAGUGUAUAUAGAUUGCUGAUUGAAUGAUAUUAUGUGUAGUGUGUAUAUAUAUUACUGAUUGAAGGAUACAAUAUUUAGUGUAUAUAGAUUACUGAUUGAAGGAUACAACGUGUAGUGUAUAUAGAUUGCUGAUUGAAUGAUAUGUGUAGUGUAUAUAGAUUACUGAUUGAAGGAUACAAUGUUUAGUGUAUACAGAUUACCGACUGAAGGAUACAAUUUGUAGUGUAUACAGAUUACCGACUGAAGGAUACAAUUUGUAGUGUAUACAGAUUACCGACUGAAGGAUACAAUGUGUAAUGUAUAUAGAUUACUGAUUAAAGGAUAUUUGUAGUGCAUAUAUAUUAAUGAUUGAAAUAUGAAGUGUAUAGUGUAUACAGAUUACCGACUGAAGGAUAUGUUGUUUAGUGUUUACAAAUUUCUAAUUGAAGGAUGUAGUGUAUACAGAUUACUGAUUUAAAGACGCAGUGUGUAGUUUAUACAGGUUACUGUUUAAAGAAUGUUGUGUAUAUAGAUCACUGAUUGAAGGAUGUUGUGUGUACAGAUUACUGAUUGAAGGAUGAGGUGUAUACAGAUUACUGAUGGAAGGAUGUUGUGUAUACAGAUUCUUGAUUGAAGAAUGCAAUAUAUACAGAUUACUGAUUGAACGAUGACGUGUAUACAGAUUACUGAUGGAAGGAUGUUGUGUGUACAGAUUACCGAUUGAAGGAUGAGGUGUAUACAGAUUACUGUUGGAAGGAUGUUGUGUAUACAGAUCAUUGAUUGAAGGUUGUGGUGUAUACAGAUAAAUGAAUGAAGGAUGCUAUGCAUACAGAUUACUGAUUGAAGGACAUAGUGUACACAUAUUACUGAUUGUAGGGGACAGUGUUUAGUGUUUACAAAUUACUCAUUGAUAAUUACUGAUUUAAGGAUGCAGUAUGUAGUUUAUACAGAUUACUGAUUGAAGGAUCAGAUGUAUAGAGAUUACUGAUUGAAGGAUGUUGUGUAUACAGAUUACUGAUUGAAGGAUGUUGUGUAUACAGAUGACUGAUUAUUAUUAUUAUUUUAUUAUUUAUAUAGCGCCAACAAAUUAAGUAGCGCUGUACAAUGGGUGGACUAACAGACACAUAAUUGAGAUCAGACCACUGACGUACAGGAACAGAGGGGGUUGAGGACCCUGCUCGAUGAGCUUACAUGCUAGAGGGAGUGGGGUAUAGUGACACAAAGGGUUAAAGUAGGGGAAUUAAAUAGUUUGUUACAGAAGGGUUUAUUGAGUGCUUGGUUGGUCAUUUUUGACGGGUGCAGGGGACAUUGUGUAUACAGAUUACUGUAUAGUGUAUACAGAUUACUGAUUGAAGAAUGUUGUGUAUACAAAUAACUGAAUAAACGAGACAUUGCGUAGCUAGUUCUGCUUUUAUAUAAAGCUGGUGUUAUUUACAGAUUUCAUAUAAAUGUUAAUUACAUACUGUGUAAAUACUUCCUGUCAGUGGUGCAGAGUGAGCUUUUAGCAGGGUAUCAUUCAAUAGCAAUAUCCUUUAAUCUCAAUUAAAAGAUGCAGUGUGUAGUCUACAUGGCUCUAGGAGGAUGCUGUGUUGUGUACAGUAUUGUCAGAUGUGUAUCUUGAAGACAUUUCUGAAUAGGAGAAGCAGAGAGAACGACAACCCAUAGGAGACUGUGAAGAGUCAAAACUUAGGACCCCCGAGAGGGAGGACUGGCUCCGGAGAGAUACACGUGGUAAUUAUGUGACUCAUAUGUCAUGUUCACUUUCUUUGUGAUUAUUGUUGACUGUUUUCGUUGCUGUCCUCUACCUUACCUUUGUCCACACAGUUUCAGGAGAUGAGAUUGGGGAGUCCUGGUCAUGGACGGUCUACCUUGAGGAUCAGAAAUGUGUCGCUGCGCCGCUGAAUCUCUUUCGGGAGGUAAGUUUGUUAGUGAGAAGCUCAUACAACAUUGUCCUCUGUAUUUAGUGCAACAUUACAGGAGCAAUAAUCUACUUACAAACAAUAAUGGAUCAUACACAAAAUUAGAAUUUGACAUUGCUUUAAUACAGAGAAACUCAUUCAUGUCUUAAUUCGAAAAAUAGGAUAGACUUCUACACCCCUUGCAAUAACAAUGCAUAUUUUAUACACAUUCUAAUCCAGGGCACUCAAGGAACUUAGCUCACAUUGGGGUGUUUUUGAGAACAUAUUUAUUGUAAGAUGUAAAGGAACAAAUAUAAACACACAUCAUCAGCACUCCAGCUCUCAAGAGUGUUGCUGUGUGUCAGUGUGUGAGUGUUGCAGUAUCAGAAUGUGUGUCUGUCAGUGAGUGUGUGUGUCAGUGUGUGUCAAAUCAGUGAGUGCCGUGCCGGUCUCGUCGCAGCUGGCCCUGCCUCCAUGUCUGAGAUCCUCAAUCUUGAUGAUUUCCACUAAUCCAGUGCUUUCCCAUAGGAAAACACUGGGAGGCUAAAUGCCACGCUGCGCCAAUUAGCAUCUCCUCAUAGAGAUGAAUUGCAUCAGUGCAUCUUUAUGGGGAGCAUUAGGCAUCUCCAUGCAGAGCUUGGAGACACUAAAUGUAGGACCCAGGACACAGCUCAAGAGGCCGUCUGAGUGACUGUCAUUAAAAGUGUUACUAGGCAGCAAUGUAAACACUUCCUUUUCUCCAAAGUAUUUACAUUGAAAAUCCUGCAGGGACAAGCUACAGACACCAGAACAACUACAUUAAGCUGUAAUGGUUCUGGUGACUAUAGUGUCCCUUUAAAAAAUACAUUUUUGACAUUGAAAAACCUGACUCCUAACGUUUUUAGCUGGUUCCUAGAUUCCAAGCAAAUUUCUCAAGCACUGAUAUAGCUCAAGAGUUGUCUUAUUUAGGCAUUCAGGAAGACCUCACUAACAUAUUCUAACAUAGUCUGGUUUGUCAAAACUGCUUUUCAGGCUGUGUGAUGCAUACCUGUCCAUUUGGGUAAGGGCUUUAAACUCAAAGGAGUGUAUGACCAUAUCUGGUAAGGAGUAGAUGUUCCAGCCCACAGAGCAUAAGUGAUUACCAUAGACGUGCGUGCGCAUGGGGUGUGCCUGGGCACACCCUAAUCCCCGCGGCCUGCCUAUGGACUGAGACCGGCAGGAGAGAUCUCAGGAGCGCCGGCUCUGCUCUAAGCCUCCAUAGGCCGGUGGGGAGAUCAAAGAUCUACCUCACCGGCCCACAGCAGCAUGGUGGAGGCAGGAGAGGACCCAGGGAACUCUAGCCAGCAGCUCCACCGGGUUCCUCUUGCGAGAUCUGAGCAUUGCCGCGGCAAAGCUCAGAUUUCGCGAGAGUGAACUCUAGCCCCGCAGGCUAGAGUUUAUUCUCCACUGGACCACCAGGGAUGGCACAUGGCAGCAAGGAUCCCCAUAAGGUAAGAAGGGAGGGGGAUAUUUACUAAUCUGCCCCCACAAUCCCUCCAAACAUACAGCAAAAACACACACAUACAACACACACACAGCAACUACACAAAUACAGCAUCUUCACACUCAGACAGCACCCUCACACACACAGUACACUAACAGCACCCUCACAAACACACACACACAGCACCCUCAAACACAUAGCACCCUCACACAGCACACUAACAUGACCCUAACAAACACACACACACAAACACCCUCACACACACUACCAGCACCCUCACACACAGCACACAAACAGCACACACACAAACACCCUCACCCACGUAGCACACUACCAGCACCCUCACACACACAUCACACUAACCGCACCCUCACACACAGCACCCUUACACACACACACAGCACACUAACAGCACACACAGCAGUGUAUGUAUGUAUGUAUGUGUGUGUGUGUGUGUGUGUAUGCCUAUAUAUAUACACACACAUACAUACAUACAUAUAUAUACAUGCGGCGUGUGUUUGUGCUUUAGGAUGCACAAUUUCUCUUCUUUUCAAAGAAAAGUCCUUCUCUCAAAUCUAUUUCAUCCUGUGCUGACACAGGGAUACAUAUGGGGGAUUCCUAAAUCUGUGUGAAUGUGAUUGACAAAUAUAUAAAUUAUUCAUUAAAGUACUAGCAAUAUCUCCGUAUGCAGGAGGUAUGCCUUUAGGAAUACUGGAAGAACCUUGAAAUAUUGAGUUCCAAGGGAUCAUGUCAAUUGCUUUCUCAAUCUCUAUGAUAGUUGCACCAGAAGUAGGAAAUCAAGAUUUCCUAGCAGGAAAUCCAGACUUUCUGAAUUGAACUAUUUAUCUUCAGGGUGAACUUUUUGGCAACCAUAAAGUGACAGGCAAAGUGAAAAUAUGUGAUGUGCAGAGCCUUCUAAAGCGUGCGAUUCUUUGGUGAAGGCUUUGCCGUCAGAGAUCUUUCUUGGACGACACUUCCCAAGUUAAACAGAAAAAUAAAAUAACAAUUACAUGCCACGAUGUGGCAGUAUAGCAUCAAAGAUGGUGCUAUAAUUAAAAAUUGCCACAAGAUGGUGCUAAAUAUCCAGUCAUAAAAAUUUUGCUUUUUAUCCAAGUGUUUCCAAUUAUAAUAAUAAUAAUGCAAUAAAAAGUGUCUAAAUAAAAAUAAAUCUGAGUGGAUGAUUGCACUGCAUUAAGGGGCGAUUGGCAGUAACGCGAUCUGUACAGGCCCUAGCAUUCCUAGUUUAUUCUUAUUUCCAUGCUGUCUUGUCAACCAUCAUUUGGAGUUGGUUAUUGAGGGAUCUCCUGCUGUGUGAUUAACCAUCCCCCCAUGUCUUUCUCACUCCACUGCCCCCCCAAAAAAUGUAGAUCACUAUUUAGUAGAAAUACAACCAAAUUUAAAGGGACAUUAUAUGCACCCAGACAACUUCAGCCCAUUGAAGUGGUCUGGGUGCUGUGUCCCAGGUCCCUUAACCCUGCAGUGGUAAUUAUUGCAGUUUUUAAUAAACUGCAAUAUUUACCUGCCAGGGUUAACACUGCCUCUAGUGGCUGUCUACUAAACAGGCACUAGAGGACAUCCAGUGUCAUCCAAACCCCAUAGGAAAGCAUUAGUGUUUUCUUGGCACUAUAGGUUCCCUUUAAUUAUUCACCAUUUCAUUGGGGUAUAUCUAAAAACGGCCUGCAAAAGCGGCAAAUGUCUUGACUGCAGCCUUUGCAUACCAUCCUCUACUAACCCCACCCAGACUUUCUGUGGCUGUCCAAUCACAGACUCCUCAAUACAACUCAAUAGAAAGUCUUUGUAAGGCAGGUGCUCUGGACCAUUGCUGCCUCUUGAGUUUAGCUUCACUGAGCUAACCAAACCAGGAAGUAACAGGACUGGUUGUGUGAUUGACAGCCAUGGGGUGUAACAAGGUUCAUUUAUAAAAGUGCUAAGGACACACUAUUCACACAUAAAGCACUUCAGUUACAUUUUCUGUACUGGAAGAACUGGUUUUAGGUUCAAUCUUAAAAUGUGAUAUAACAGGAACAUCCAAAUUGUCACAUGUCAUGCUCAUGUGCUUCCCAAAGAACAUAACAACAUUUGUUUGUUUCCAGUAGGAACACCAUCCACUGUUUUCAUGGGUGUAUUUUUUCCUGCAGGCUUGUGGGGGGUCACAUUGGAAAUGUGCAUACACAAUGAAUAGGGGUGACCAAGGGUCAGGGAUACUUGGGUGCAGAUUUUGCUCAAACAGUCACAGGAAAUAUAGUUAAACAUUUGCAAAGUCAAAAGGAACACUCUAGCAUUAGAAAUACAAACCUGUAUUCCUAAUGUUAAAGUGUUAUACUAACUAUUUUGAUUAUAUCUCCCCGCUUAAUUAAGCUGAAAAAAGCAGUUUACUUACUUUUAGUCUCCUGCAUCUUUGCAGAGCUGCAUCCAGGUUGUCUGUUUAAUGGUCGCCACCAGUUAGCUCUACUAGUUCUGGUGUCUAGAGAGUCCCUUUAUUUUGCUAUUAAUUACAUUGAAUAAUUAUGUGUAAAUUUACUCAAAAUAUGCAAACCGCACACAGAUGUAGCUAAACCAUAAUUACAAAACCUUACUUAAAGGAAUGGUAGUGGUUAUGGUGUUAGCAGUGCCUUGGCAUCACCCUAAUGUAAGAAGUCAAACUGUUUCUUAAAGGACCACUAUAGUGCCAGGAAAACAUACUCGUUUUCCUGGCACUAUAGUGCCUUGAGGGUGCCCCCACCUUCAGGUUCCCCCUCCUGCCGGCUGGAUGGAGAGGAAGGGGUUAAACUUACCUCUUUCUACAGCGCCAGCGUGGAGCUCUCCUCCUCCUCUCCUCCUCUUCGGCCGCGCGCGCGCGCAUUCAGCCAGUCUCAGUCUCAUAGUCUCAUUUACAAUGCUUUCCUUUGGACGCUGGCAUCUUCUCACUGUGAUUUUCACAGUGAGAAGCAUGCAAGCGCCUCUAGCGGCUGUCAAGAGACAGCCACUAGAGGCUGGAUUAACCCUCAGUGUAAACAUAGCAGUUUCUCUGAAACUGCUAUGUUUAUAGAAAAAAAACAUAGCAGGGCCUGGCACCCAGACCACUUCAUUAAGCUGAAGUGGUCUGGGUGCCUAUAGUGGUCCUUUAACAAUUUGACAACAUAUCUGGAUACCACUAAGUGCUGGUCACAUUCCUCAAUUGAGAGCUGAGUUCUUGUUAGCUCUCUUGCGCUAAAUCUUGCUGUGAAGGGCCAGCUCGCUAGUUGAAAAAGUGUCUGCUGAUCGCUCUCAGCCAAUGAGCUAAAUCUUGAACGGCCAGAUUUAAAUCAAUGCAAAACACUUCUGGCCAUUGUGAAGGAGGUGACUUUUGCAGACGGUCCCCAAAUAAAUUAAGCACUCCUGGCAUGUGUCCACUAUAGUUUUUAUUAGUUAAGUAUUGUUCUGCAACAGUCGCACCUUCUCAUCAGUCUAAGGCCCUAUUAGGUUUUACUGUUAGGAACUGUUAGAAGUAAUUUCUGUUUUGUUUCCAGUGUUCCAUGAUCAAAGUGACUCUGUCAAGAUGAAGUCUUUGGUCUUAUGACAGUCAAGGGCAUCCUCUGUCUAGAUAAUGCUGCCUGGUAGUCCUUUCUUUCAUCAGUAGCUCAGUCUGGCCCUGUCAAACUCCCCUCAAUACAAGUAGCCAAAUCCUAUUACUGUUCCUUCAGUCAAGACCGGUUCCAAUCCUGCUUCUGCCUAUGACUCCUUUACCCACUCCUAGUAUGUUUGCUAUUUAGGUUUGGCAACCUCUGUUAGGGCUUGGAAUGUAGACGUUCAGAAUGCAGCUCCAAGAUGAGAAAACCAGAAAAGAAGUACAGUCAAGGAGAAUUCAGAGAGCCGAGUUAAUUCAGACAAAGGUUUUUUUUUUUACAGAUUAAGAGACUAGAAGUGGGUUAAUAAGUCUAUAUGAGUAACUCUUUGCAGUACCCAGAUCCUAACCAUUGCGCUCAGAGACCUUGACCACCUUGUGAGGCACCUACCAUGAAAUCCUCUCCAUAUUGAUGGCGCCAUGACACUAGAAUUAAUGUAGUCUGUCACUGUGGCAUCAGAUUGAGGCUGACCUCUUCGUGCAGCUGAAUCUUAUACCUCCCUGAACGUGCGUAAUUUUUCAUAGCAGUCCUCGUCAAGAGAUGCCAUGCUCAGACAUCCUUGCAUUGUUUUUUUGGUUCAUUCUAUUGAUGCUGAACAUGUACGUCCUUGCGUAAUAUUUUUUACACUAACCAAUGGUGUCAAUACAUGGAUUAUAUAAAACCAAGAAUUAUAUAAAAAUGACUUGGUAUUGACAGACCCCUAAAAAAUUUAACCCAACAGACAUUAUAGUGAUGGGUAAGCCGUGUGAUUGUGUGUGUUUUAGCAAGCCAGAUCACAUCAUAUAUGCACAUUAAAAAUACACAGGAUGGACCUUCCUUCAUUCAUCAACACCAAGACUAUCUGGACCCAGGACCAUAUUUCCCUUCCUGUAGACUGUAAGCACGUUUGAGCAGGGUUCUCAUCAACCUGUUCCUGUAACAUUUUGUUAUUGUCUCAUUUAUUGAUAAUUUUCCCCCUACAUCAAUAAAGUGCAUAAAGGAAGGCCAGAUCCUCUUAACAUGUAAAUCCGUCCCUGCCUGGGCUGUUCUAUGUCCAUCCGUCUGUUGUUGCAAGCAUGGACUGGUUCAUAACCAGUGAGAUAACUUAGUUGUUAUAGCUCAAUCAGCAGUAUCUGAGUGGCAAAUUUGAUUGAAGGCAAGAUCAACUAAGCUAUUAAUCCUUCCAAGGUCCAUACAAUGAGCACCAUUAGUUUGGAUGAUAAUGUCAUUGAGAUCACAGGACAUCCUUGAAAACUAGUGAGAGCUAAUAGCCUGGUAAAUAUGUUAUAAUCAUUAUUAUAUGUGCUGGGGCUUCUUCUGAUAGGUAGACAUGAAGGACAUGGCCCAAUGUACCUAAUCAGAAGUCUGAAUAUGUCACCUAAAAUCAUGCUUCACAUAAAUCACAGUUAAAACCAUAUCUUAAUCUUAUUAGAAUCAUCUAGCAGUCUUUGAUAUUUGUGAGAACACAAUUUCAUGUAAGUGCUAUGCCAAAUGGUCUGCCCUAACCAUAAAGCCUUCCACCCCACUUAUCUUCCUCCUGAUUGGCUAUAUAUUUCUGAGCCUUCAAAAUUCUUUUACACUCAUUUUUGUUUAAAGUGAGUCUGUCAGUCUUGAGCUUUUCAUAAAGAUCUUAUCUUUAUGAGAAACUCAUUCUUUUUGACUGUGUUGACAUUUCUUUCAAUAUUUGGCGCUAUGUAAAUGCUAAUGAUAAAGUGACUAAUUUGUCACAUGUAAUUGUCAGCGCAGUCUUUUGCAAAAUGCUGAGUUUCAGCCACUGUUUGAAAUCAGCUGUCAGUCGCGAUGGCUCAUGGGAACUGGGUUUGCAUGUGCACAAGAUUAUCUACAGAAGAUUUUAUGGGACCCCAUGUUUUACCGUAAUGCUUUCCUAUGGGGUUUGGAUGACACUGGAUGUCCUCUAGUGCCUGUUUAGUAGACAGCCACUAGAGGCAGUGUUAACCCUGGCAGGUAAAUAUUGCAGUUUAUUAAAAACUGCAAUAAUUACCACUGCAGGGUUAAGGGACCUGGGACACAGCACCCAGACCACUUCAAUGGGCUGAAGUUGUCUGGGUGCAUAUAAUGUCCCUUUAAAUUUGGUUGUAUUUCUACUAAAUAGUGAUCUACAUUUUUUGGGGGGGCAGUGGAGUGAGAAAGACAUGGGGGGAUGGUUAAUCACACAGCAGGAGAUCCCUCAAUAACCAACUCCAAAUGAUGGUUGACAAGACAGCAUGGAAAUAAGAAUAAACUAUGAAUGCUAGGGUCUGUACAGAUCGCAUUACUGCCAAUCGCCCCUUAAUGCAGUGCAAUCAUCCACUCAGAUUUAUUUUUAUUUAGACACUUUUUAUUGCAUUAUUAUUACAUUUUCACACAUUUUCAAUAGUAGUAGUACACCAGUGAAGAUGAAUUUGCGAAAAGUUGAAUUAGUAUGGCAGUGCCAAGUAGGGUCAGUUGAAGGUAAAUAUAUCUUCCUUUCUGCUCCCACCUAGGCCACCUCCAGAGAAGCAGACAUGCCACAUUGUGGUGUCUUUGUAAAAAAUACAAAGACCCCUCAAGUGACAGAGCCGCUUUAGCAAUGAAAAGUUAAACAACCGGUUUUUCUUUCUUCCUCAGAGAUGAGUGGAGUUUAUUUAUAUUUGUACAACUGCCGUCCUGCAAUGUAUCACUGCUUGCCUUUCUUCCAUCUCUGAAUGGAUGUCCUCCCACUUUCUGAAACUCAAUCUCUCUAAAACUGAGCUCCUUGUCUUUCCUCCUUCUAAUACUGAUCCUCCUCUUUCUCUCUCCCUUCAAGUUAGUGGUAUCCACAUAAGUCCUUCCUUGCAAGCGCGCUGUCUUGGCGUCAUACAUGAUUCUGGCCUCGUCUUUGAGCCUCACAUCCAGUAUAUUGUCCUGUAGAUUCCAUCUUAAAAACGUAGCCCACAUCCGCCCCUUUCUUACGCAAGAUGCUACCAAGGAGCUUGUCCAUGCUCUAGAAUUUCCCGCAUGGAUUAUUGUAACCCUCUCCUGAUUGGUCUUCCCAUAAGCCUACUGCACCGCUGCAGUCCAUAAUGAAUGCUCCUGCCAGACUGAUUUUCCUCUCUAUUCGGGUCUCUCACACCUUACCCCUUUGUCAGUCCUUACAUUGGCUUCCUGUAUCCUUCAAGGUACUAAUUCACACCUAUAAAGCACUGAACAAUUCUAGCCCCUCUUAUAUCUCCUCACAGAUCCAUAGGUAUGUCCCUUCUCGGUCUCUCCGCUCUGCCCGUGACCACCUCCUGUCCGUUGUUUGCACCCAUAUGGCCAACUCACGCUUGCAGGACUUCUUGUGGGCUGCUCAUUUCCUAUGGAACAGCCUGCCUACCGCCAUCAGACUCUCCCCUAGUCUUGCAUCUUUUAAGAAGUGCCUUAAAACCCAUCUCUUUAGGAAAGCUUAUGGCCUCCCAGAGUAACCUCUACCUCACAUACCUGUCUCUUGCUCUCUCCUAAAGGGCAGCACUCUACUCUCCUACUCUCUCCUCCAGCUCUGCCUCACUCAUAGGCGUGCGCAGCCUAUUGCAUUAGGGUGUGCACCCUAAAGCACAAACACACGCCGUAUGUGUAUAUAUGUACACAUACACACACAUAUAUAUAUAUAUAUAUAUAUAUAUAUAUAUACACACACACACACACACACACACACAUUGCUGUGUGUGUGUGCUGUUAGUGUGUAUGUGCUGUAUGUUUGGAGGGAUUGUGGAGAUGGGGCAGAUUAAUAAAUAUCCCCCCUCCCUUCUUACCUUAUGUAGGGAGGGGGGAUCCUUGCUGCCAUGUGCCAUCCCUGGUGGUCCAGUGGAGAGUGAACUCUAGCCUGCGGGGCUAGAGUUAACUCUUGCAAGAUCUGAGCAUUGCCAUGGCAAUGCUCAGAUCUCGUGAGAGGAACCUGGCGGAGCUGCUGUCUAGAGCUCCCCGGGACCUUUCCUGCCUCCCGCCAUGCUGCUGUGGGCUGGUGAGGUAGAUCUUUGAUCUCCCCGCCAGCCCAUGGAGGCUUAGAGCAGAGCUGGCACUCAGAUAGCGCCGACUCUGCGUGAGCCAACAGGGGAGAUCCGGAGAUCUCCGGAGAAGUCCUGGGGAAUAAAGUGUGGGAACUCUCCCAAGAUUCCCACGCCCCAAGAAAAUAAUAUACACGUGUGUGUGUGUGUGUGUGUGUGUGUGUAUAUAUAUAUAUAUAUAUAUAUAUAUAUAUAUAUAUAUACGCGUGUGCACACACAUUGACACACAGACACACACAUAUAUAUACGCGUGCACACACACUUACAGACACACACACAUACACUCAGACACACAUACACACACACAUACAUUCACAGACACACACACAUACAAUUUUUUUAUUUUUUAUUAACAAAUGUUCACCCUGCUUCCCUACCUGGAUACCUGGCUUGGACCUGUCCCUGGGGUCCAGUGGGGCAGGCGCCUGUCUCCAGAACAGACGCGGCGAGGGAGCGGUGUCCUCUCUGCUGCCUCUCGCCGCGCGGGCUGUCUACAGUACCUGGGAGCCGGAAUAUGACGUCAUAUUCCGGCUCCCGGCAUCAGCAAACGGGGCGCGGCGUGAUGGAGCAGAGUGGACACAGCUCCCUCGCCGCGUCUGAUCUGGAGACAAGUGCCCGCCGGGGGGGAGGAGGGGGAGGGUGUGAGCGUUCCUGCUCAAAAAAAGGAAAAGGAACUCUGUUCCUGCAGGACUCAAUACAUAGGCGUGCUGCGGGCAUUAGGGUGUGCCCAGGCACACCCCAUGCACACGCCUAUGGCCUCACUCCAACCUUAUUUGAUUGCAAAUGCCUGUCCUAUUGUGUUUUACACCCCACCUCCUAUAGAAUGUAAGCUUGUUUGAGCAGGGUCCUCUUCAACCUAUCGUUCCUGUAAGUUGUUUUUUUUUUUGUAAUUGUCCUAUUUAUAGUUAAAUCCCUCCUCUCAUAAUAUUGUAAAGCGCUACAGAAUCUGUUGGCGCUAUAUAAAUGGCAAUAAUAAUAAUAAUAAUACAACUGCCCACUAAGAUUUAAGGCAUGGAGGUUUAAAUUUACUAUGCAAAUAAUCAGUGGAUUUCAGUUUUAUCCAGACUCACAAUUAUAUUGUUAGUUUCUAAGCUGUUAAACAGGUCUCUUCCACUAGUUAUUGUAAUAGUUGGAAUAACUCCCUGAAUUGGUGAUGCGUAGGCUGUUAAACAGGUCUCCAUCAAAGAUGCUUCUUGUUUUUUUGAAUUGUAAACUACUUUAUUGCAUACAUCCCUAUGUUGUUUAUAUAUCGUUUAGAUUUUUCUUCUUUAGCUGUGGUGACUGUUUGUGUGGCCUGGGAAAGUGGGACAACUUAGGUGACCUUAUUUCCCAGUAGUAGACCAAAACAGCUUCAGACCUUAUUGUUUGUUUUUUAAUUUUAUAUAGUAUUUUUUUUAUAUAUAUAUAUAUAUAUAUAUAUAUAAAUAUGAAAAGGCUGUUAAGCCUGAAGUUCUGGAAGGAAUUUGCCAGCCUAUUUAUACUCAUCUGACCAACGAGACAGGAGGACUUUGGAUGGGACGUUGAUACCUUCCGCCUCUCCCUUAAAUUAAUCAUCCCCUACACACUAACCUAGGUGGGCUCUUUUCCACAUGCUCAUCUGCAAGUCGGUUUUCAGCACACCACAACUGACUCUUUCCUUUACCUAUCUACAACACUAUUGGCCUGUUGUACCUUACCGUAUAUACUCGAGUAUAAGUCGAGUUUUUCAGCACGUUUUUUGUGCUGAAAAACCCCCACUCGUCUUAUACUCGAGUCAGUGUCUGUAUUAUGGCAACUUACAUUGCUAUAAUACAGACCAGGACCGCAGGGCUCAUUACAAGCCCGGCGGUCCUGUUGGGGGCUGGCAGCGAGCUGUAACUUACCUUUCCUGCAGCUCCUGUCAGCUCCCUUCUCUCUCCUCCAGUCCGGUCAGCUCCACUGUAAAUCUCGCGAGAGCCACGGGGAACGCUCCGCGCGUCUGCGAGACUGAGGAGAAGGGAGCUGACCGGAACGGAGGAGAGAGAAGGGAGCUGACAGGAGCUGCAGGAAAGGUAAGACAGCUGCUCCAACCCCUCCUGCACAGUGCACACCACUGGACCACCAGGGAAUGAGAGCCCCCCUCCCUGGCCAGCUAACAUAUAAAAAAAUUUUUUUUAUAAUAAUUAAAAAAAAUAAUAAAAAUGCCCACUCCCCCACCAAGGCUCUGCAUCACAUACACACACACACACACUGCACUCAUACACACACUGCACUCAUACACACACACACACUGCAUUCAUACACAAACUGCACUGAUACACACACAGACACACUACAUUCAUACAAACACCAUGCAUUCAUUAUAUACACACACUGUAAAUAAAUAUUCAAUUAAUAUAAUUUUUUGAGGAUCUAAUUUUAUUUAGAAAUUUACCAGUAGCUGCUGCAUUUCCCACACUAGCCUUAUACUCGAGUCAAUACGUUUUUUGGGGUAAAAUUAGGGGUCUCGACUUAUAUUCGGGUCGACUUAUACUCGAGUAUAUACGGGUAUAAAACUAUUAUGAUUGUGUUGUGUUUUUUUUACGGGGCCCAUUAUGGUAAUAUAAUGUAAUUUAAUGCAUUUGAAUGUAUAUUAUAUGUUUAAUUUCAGCGCUGCAGGACUGAGAAGGUCAAAUUAAAAUUAGCUAGCUGUGUUGCCGUUUUGAUGCUGAAGGUUUGAGGUGUAAGAGGAAGGGAAGCUAAGGAGUGUGAUUUACUCCUAAUUUUAAAAAAAUAAUAAUUUUGACAAUCAAUUUUUUAUUGAGGUACAUUUAUUACAGAUUCUGUUUUUGUAAUCGUGACAUUGCUAGACAGUUAUAUUUAGAAGUGUUAUGGUAUAGCAUAAACAAUGACAUAUUUUCUGAAAUAGUUAAGCUAAGACAUAAAAACAUGUGUAUAGUGCUAAGUGACAUUGCAUUCGUAGUCACAUAAAGGUUAAUCAGGUCUCUUUUAAAUUAAAUAACUACCUAACAUAACAUAAGAGCAUUCAAUAGGGAAAGGAAAAUAGGAUCUGAAAAAGCACUAGGCGAUUAAAGUCUAAUGAACAAGCAAAACGUGAAAAAUAACUAACAGAACAGUGAGCUGCAAUACUAUGAUCCAGAUGCAGAACAAACUAGUUGUGUAAGAGGAGUAGACUCGCCUUGUAUUGUGCGGAAAUCUAGGAAUAGGUUGCUCAGCUGGGUUAUAUAACCCCUAGCCUAGGAAGCCUUGGUGGGGGAGGAGGAUAAUAUAUAUUAGAGUUCUAGGUUAAUGGAAGCGCCAUACACACUUAUAUUCAAGGUAUAAUGAGUGUAUAGGUAACAUUUAUGAAGGGAAAAAAAAACUUAGGAAAAUGAAUAAGUCAUAAGUAAUAAAACAAACAGAAAAUGAAAUAUAGGCUGUGGCAGUGCCCAUGUCACAGAAUUCAAUCCCUCUUGGGACAAAUGGAGUUAUACUCCAUAAACCAUGCGAGGCAGAAAAGGCCAAAGAGACUGGAUGCCAUGUGUGAAGGCCUAGAGCCUGAAGAAAGGCUGUGGCCUCCAAUGGAGAGGAUAGUUGGAAAAAAGAGCCAGCCCUGUCGACAGUCAAGGACCUUGGUGCUGACCACCGGUAUUCCACCCCUGAUUCUCAGAGUUGGCGUGUGACAAGCCUAAAGCUUGCCUUUACUGUAGUGUGGAUCUGUAAAGGUUUUGGAAGAAGGUAAGAUUUGAAGAGUCGAAGGCAUAAGGUGUUUUAUCCUGCAAUGCUGACAUGAUGCCGCAAAGAGCAAUUGACAUCAAACAAUUUCGUAGAGGGAAGCUGUUGAGGGAGCCUUUUGAGGUUUGUUGAAGCAAUAAUAUCCAUCAUGUGAGAUGCCUUAAAUAAUGAGCCAAUUCAUCUGACGAGGUGGAGUCCGGAAUGCCCUGUAUUUUAAUAUUGGUCCACCGGCUGUGAUCAUGCAACAGAUCUGCAGUCCGAGCAAACAUAGUCUGAGUUGUCUGGAUUUGCUACAGAGAUUCGCUCAUAGUGGUGACAUCCUGACGCAAGUCAAUAAUGUCCUUCUCGGAGGCCUGAAGCUUAGCCGUCACCGCCUGAACAUCGACUUGUACUAUCUCCAGGUCUGCUGCAAACAGCUUUUUGAUGUCAUGUAGUAGAUUGUGGAUGUCUUGUUUUAUAGCCGGUGUCGGAGUAUCCUCUUUUACUGAAGCCACUGGUGUUCUGCAGCACUGAAGCAGGGACCUCCGAGUUAAUCUGAGAGUUGAUGGAGUAGGCCAUCUUGUGGGCAGCAGCGCUCUGGAACAUAGUGCCUAUGUCGUGUGUGUCAUUAGACGCACCUGCUGGUUGCUUUUGGGAUCUACAUCCCAUUGUGUGAGCGUUCUGAACCUGAGAAGGGCCCUCAAGUAAGUAAUAGAUAAGAUGCUCCAGAAGUACUCUAGCCUGGCGGGAGGUGCAGGAGGCCCUAGAUUGUCAGCUUGUGUUUUUUUCCUGCAGGAAAAAUAGGAAAGGCAUCCGUUGAGUGUCCACAGCUGGCAGAUGCGAUGGAAAGCGUGUUGUUGUCGAAUCAAGGUGGCAACGUUAGCGUAAUCAGUCUAUUUCUCAAGACAGAGCCAGAGCACCCGGGAAUAGUGUCCGGUCUGCUUGACUGCUAAGCUCCGCUCCCUAACUCCUAAUUUUGAAUUAAUUAUAAAGAUUUAUUUUUAAAAAUAGUUACAUUACCUUAGUGUACCCUCUGUGCACUGUUUAGUGGAUCAGAAAGAAAGUAGAUCAUUCAGUAAACAUCUGCUCAUUAGUACUGUCUCUUCAGGAGUACUUCCACAUUACCAAUAGCAUAGUUUAUAUUUAGUGUUAAAUCCGGGCCAAGUUUUGGUCUGCAGUACAGCUCUCUUUUCUCAGACUAAGUUGUACAUGCAGCAGCAAAACUUAAACAAAAUGGAUAUAGUAAGAAAUCUCAUUCCGGUAAAGCUGGCUAAAAAAACAACUAAAUAUCUCUAAUCUGACUGUGUUUCAAGAUUAUGGCUCUGUGGGAUCCUAAUGCCAAUAUGAUGGCUGCACAGACAGAGUGCAGGUGAAUAGUAGCCUAGCCUGCACGUUGCAUCCUACCUGAUGUACCCCGACAGCUGUGAAAUGCAUAUGUUAAAAAAAUGUCAGCAAGUAAAGAUCUAUAUUGCCAUCUUCACUGACACUUCAAAAGGUUAAACAAUUGCAAAAAGAUAAUUAUACAGAGAUAAUGACAAUAUACCAUUAUUCUAAAUGUCACUUGCUGUCAAACAGUACCCUGACACGCAUAUCUUGUACCCUGGAAAUUGACAAUUUCAAAUUAAAUGCUUAAAAAAAUAAAUCAAAAACAUGUAAAUUAUAACCAUUGUUUAUUAAUGUUGAGUUCUUCAUCGGUGAUGUGUGUAAACAGAUUGCCAUUCUAAUGCCUUAUGACUUUCUCUCUACAGUGGCAGUUGGGGACACAGCAUAAGAAUGGAUUUAAAGUGGGCAUGAAAUUAGAGGGGACAGACCCUCAGCACCCUUCCAUGUACUUCAUCCUGACUGUGGCUGAGGUAAGAGGUUUGGAAAAACACAGUCAAAAGUGGUGACAAAACAGACAUAUGGAAUUUGUGUGUAGGUUACACUUAACACAUCAAGGAACUCUUAAGUUCCUUUACUUUUCGGAUUCCUAUGGGAAAUCUCUCAGCUAAGCAAAUGAAAAUUUCUCUAAUGUGUUAAAUUACAUUGUUCAGAGAUUUCCCACUACUGAAACGAGAAGGCUCUCCAAAAUAGGGUCGGACCAGGGUUGGAAAAGGGCAUCCUUUUCUAUGUAUUGGAUGAAGCGGAUAGGGAAGAGAGUGGAGAUAAAGAAACACUUUCUGCUCACUUUGAUCUCAACUGUUUAACCCAAAUGCCAGAGGCUCCAGAUGAAACUCUAGAAGUUCUAAGUUAUCUAGGUGGAAUCCACAGCCUGUAUAAUUCACUAGGAGUGACCAGGUAACACAGAUUAAAUGAGUGAUGUUCCCAGGGAACACUUCUUGCUGAAAAAAAUGCUUAUAGAUUAUCAGUGAUAUCUUCAUGAUUUAUUUACCCAUGACCAUAAGUACAUUCAUGGAGAGAAGAAAGCAAUCAUUUGGGUUAUUGUCAUAUAAAAAGAAAAUUCAGUUUGACUUGACUUUCUGUUAACUCGUUUAGUUUUUUGUCUCAUCUUUUUAUCCAUUUUUGCUUAGUAUCAUGACAACUUUUCUACUUAUCCUUCUCUCAGGUUUGCGGUUUUCGGAUAAGGCUUCAUUUUGAUGGAUAUUCAGACUGCCAUGAUUUUUGGGUGAAUGCUGACUCACCAGAUAUUCAUCCAGCGGGCUGGUGUGAAAAAACUGAACACAAAUUACAGCCCCCCAAAGGUACCUGGAAAGAACAUGUCUUGUUAUAUUGUUUUUUCUUUUUCCUGUUUUUUUUUUGUUUGUUUCUUAGAGCCUUUGUUAAUGUUUUGUUUCCACUUUUCUAUUAUGCUGUACAGCUUCACAUUUUGAUUUCUGUCUGUUUUGUCUUUGCUCUUUUUUUCCAAGUCUUUUAUGUGAAUAGUUAUAGUUAUAGGUAAAUAGGCUGAAAAGAGACAUGUCCAUUAAAGGAAACCCAUAGGGUCAGGAACACAAACAUGACCCUAUAAUGUUAAAACCACCAUUUAGGUGGCUUGCACCCCAUAGCCCCUUAGAAGGAAUUAAAACUCUCCUUAUUUCCAGCGCCGCCGGCCCUGGUCCAGCCCCGAUCUGCACCCUUGAUGACAUCAUCAGAAUUGCCGAUUUUUUGACAAACCAAUGCUUUCCCACAGGGAAAGCAUUAGAUUGGCUGAAAUCAGCAAGGAGGCGCGGCCAAACACCAAUCAGCACCUCCUCAUAGAGAUGCAUUAAAUCAAUGCAUCUCUAUGAACACAAUUCAGCAUCUCCAUGCAGAGCGUGGAGACGGUGAAUGGCAGUGCAGCCUACUGCACUGCCCCAGGAAGCAGCUGAGUGGCCACUUGGAGGUGUCUCUAGGGGGCAUUGUAAACACUGCCUUUUCUCUGAAAAGGCAGUGUUUGCAUGAAAAUGCCUGCAGGUAAUGAUUCUACUCACCAGAACUACAACAUUAAGCUAUAGUUGUUCUGUUGACUAUAUUGUCCCUUUAAGUUCAGCCUCUCACAUGUGUUUUUUGUGGUUGAUCCAAAAGAAGGCGAAAAAACCCAGUUUGAAGCACUUCCAACUUUGCAACAAACUAGGAAAACAUUUCCUUCUUGACCCCAGAAUCACAGUCAGAUAUCUCCUAGGUUUAAGAAGCUAUUACCCCACAAUGUAAAAAGUAUAUCCUUGAAUAUCGUUUUCGCAAGUAUUUAUCCAGUUGCUGUAUGAACAUCACCAGUAGAGACUCUGAUAAAACCACUUCUUCAGGCAGAGAAUUACACUUCCUUAUUGUUCUUACUGUAAAAAAAAAACUUUCCUUAGUCCUAUAUAUAGUUCUGUUUGUGAAUAGAUUUCCAGACAAUGGUUUGUACGGGCCCUGUAUAUAUUUGUAUAAUGCUGCCAUAUUCCCUUUGAAGUUCUAAACUAGAAUAGCAUUAGUGGUUCUCUAUUCUUAGCCUACUUCACUUUUAUUUACAGGGUAUAAAGAUGAGGAUUUUAGUUGGACCAACUAUUUGAGAUUGACUAAGGCUCCUGUUGCCCCAAAGCAUCUGUUUGUGUCUCCUAAAAUUGUGAGUAAAACCAAAAACCUGCACACCUCACCAAAUCCCUAUGCACAUUUACAUAAUUUGAAGGUUUUUAAUACCACUCAAUUAGCCAUUCAAUUAGCCAUUUAAGUGUUGGCUCACCUGCCGCCUCAAGAUCAACCUGUUAGGUGAGUCCUACACUAACAAUCUACCCUGCUGUUUUCAGCUAAAAGACAAAAUCUCUAAUGAGACAAAAAGGAGUAUUUUUAUGAACCCCUACAUACUUAUUAACCCUUAAUAACGUACACAUGGACUGGGCGGCAGCACUGUAACAUAACGCAGUAAUACAGAAAUACAAACACACACAAUUAAGCAUUGCACUCAAACUGCCAAUACUUUUGGACAGGGCCGUCUUUAACACGGGGCAAACAGGGCAACUGCCCCGGGCCCAGUUACUCAGGGGGGCCCAAAGCAGCUGCCCCAUGGGCCCUGCUGCCCUCUACUAUUUAUUUUUUUCCCCCAACGGCCCCAGUGCAGCCGGGGGCCCACACACUAAGAAUGCCCACCGGGUGGCCCAUGCACUAACGGGCACCUGGUGAGCCUUUGUAAGCGACCAGUCCCAUGCUUUUCGGCAGCGCUGGGAGGAAGUGACGGCCAUGCGUCACUUCCUCCCAGUGAAAAUACAGCGCCGUGUGGGAGAGAUCAAGGAGGCAGUGAGGAGGGGGGCUGGGCCGGGAGAACCAGCCCCUAACUCAAAUCAGCCUCAGCCACCACUCAGGACACCAGAGAAGGAACCCUUCAAGGUUGGAAAUGGGAGGUAUGUUAAAAGUGUAAAUUGUGCAUGUGUGAAUGUGUGUCAGUAUGUCUGUCAGUGUGUGUGUUAGUAUUUCUGUCAGUUGUGUCUGUGUUUGUCAGUGUGUCUGUCAGUGCGUAUGUAUGUCUGUGUGUGUCAGCAUGUCUGUCAGUUUGUCUUUCAGUAUAUGUGUGUGUGUCAAUAUAUCUGUCGGUGAAUAUAUGUAUGUUUGUGUGUAUGUAUCAGUAUGUAUGUAAGUGUAUAUGUUUGUGUAAGUAUGUCUUGCAGCUCUCUACUUUAGUUCCCCUACUGUGUGAGGGUGAAAUGUGUGAUUGCACACAACUGAGUGGGGGCUGGUGGGGUGGCAGGGUACAGAGCCCAAAUAGAUGGAACAAAAAAAAAGAAGUUACUUGCCGGCCAAGAGUAAUGGGAGUUUGAACGCAAGCCUUAAUUUUGUGUAUUAAAAUUGAGUAGCCUCCAUACAAUUCUCUUCUUUAUUUUGUCAUUCAUUUCUUGCACGUCACUAUCUUUUAUUAUCUGCUCUAUAAAUAUUUUCAUUCCCAACAAAACUCUUCCAAGCUUUUAUUCUUUUACUUUCUCACUCACAGUUACCAACCUUUUCUCACCUCUACUUUUCUCUAUUCUUCUCCGGUUUGAUUUGACGCUAUGAAAACUUUUGUCCCUGCUUUGGAAUUUCUCUUUUGCCAAACAUUUUUCUGGAACUUUUAUUUCUUUAUCUACAGCGUUUUGAUUUUUGUUCUUGAAUGUCUCAUGAAACCUGAGUUUUUCCAGCAGUUUUCUGAAUACGAUGUGGCUUCUCAUCUCACUAGGGUAUGCCACCGUCCCUCUUUCAAGUGGGGAUGAAGUUAGAAGCUGUAGAUAGAAUGAACCCUUCCCUAAUCUGCGUAGCAAGUGUCACUGAUGUGGUGGAAGACAGAUUUCUUGUGCAUUUUGACAACUGGGGGGACACUUAUGACUACUGGUAUGCACAAGAUAUAUUGGUGAGGGGGGAACCCUGUUGGAUGACACAUUAUAAAUUAGAGAGUUAGAGCUAAAAUGUAACUUUGAUAGAUAUGUUGGUUUAGUCAGAAUGGAGAUGGUGCUGUAUUUAUUUUUUAAAGGGACACCACUUCCCGAAUACAAAAAACUAACUAAAUAAAAAUCACUAUUUAGUAGAUACUAUUAAGCAGAGUAGAUGGUGGGAACCGCACUCAUUCCCAGCGGCCACGGGUGCUCCAGAGCAGGACCAGCAAUCCCAGAAUAAUAGGCAAAGAAGAAAGACUCGCAGGCACUCCGAAUUCAAGCCGCAGGCAGUUUUAUUGUAACAGAAUGCAACGGUCGAAACGUUGCGUUGCAUUCUGUUACAAUAAAACUGCCUGCGGCUUCAAUUGGGAGUGCCUGCGAGGCUUUCUUCUUUGCCUAUUUAGUAGAUACAACCCAAAUUAAAAUAUGCAUGCAUUUAAUUAUGCAUAUGUUUCUCAGUGUGGCAUAUCUAAAACCAGCUUGCAAAAGCUGCAGAUCGCUUGUCUGAAGCUUUUAUAAUCCCUCCCCUUCUAACCCUGCAUAGACUAUCUGUGGCUGACCAAUCACAGACUUUCCAAGCAGCUCAAUGGGAAGUCUUUGCAAGGCUCUGGGCAAUUACCCGCUUCUCGAGUUUAGCUCCACUGGGCUAAACAGCCAGGAAAUUACAUGACCAGUUUUCUGAUUGUUUGCCAGUAGGGGAGGGGGGCUAAGAAGGUUAAUUUAAAAAGGGGACAGUUUCUAUUGAAAUCUGCACUUUUUUGUAAAAUUAAAAAAAGAACACACUCUUCACAUGUAAAAAAACUUCAACAAGCUUAAGAGUUUUAGGUUUAACCCCUUCAGCCGCACGGGAGAAUGAGCGCUAGGGAGGGGGGCACUGUAGGAUUCUAUGGUGCCAGGAAAACGGCUUUGUUUUCCUGGCACUAUAGAAUCCCUUUAACUCUGAAUGUAGAGAGAGUGCCAGAGGACACCAGGCACUAUAAUCAGUUAAAAUAGGUGAACGGGUUGUAGUGCCUUUAGUGUCCUUUUAAUGAAUUUUAUUUUCAGUUGCAGCACUUAAUAAAAUGUUUUCUGAUAUUCAUACAAAAAAAAGGAGCUAAAAAUAAAGGAUUUUCUUUCCUUUUGAAGCGUGUCCAAUUUUAUAGUGUUCACGCUCCCUCUACCUAUCACAUACAAUAAAACUGGGGGUGCAUUUUAUGGUAUAUUUUCCUCACCAGGUGUGAUCCCAGCAGCCCUUAUGUCCAUCCUGUAGGCUGGUGCCAAGUACAUGGGAAACCACUCACGCCACCUCAAGGUGAGUAAACUUUCUUAGCUGGUGACAAAAAGCAAUACUGAGAACUGUAAUCUCUAAGUAUGAAACACAUAAUGUGAAUCUGAAGCUGUCCUAAAGAGAAAAAUAUUGGAGUAUUUUUUAAUACAACAUAAAGUGUUCUGUUAAACAAUUUGAGAAUGGACCACGGAAUUUUGGAACAAAAGCACAAGUGUCAUCAAAAUGUCACAAGUUUAUUACAUUUAACGAUACUUAAUAGGAGACUUCACUGCCCAAAUACAAAAGAAAUAAAAAUCAUUGUUCAGUAGAUAUACCCCAAAUGAAAACUUGCAUCCAUUUAAUUAUUUCAUUGGGGUACAUCUAACACAAAAACUGCAGAUCUCUUGUCUGCUGCCUUUUCAAGCUCUUCCCUUCUAACCCCGCCCAGACUUUCUGUGGCUGUCCAAUCACAGACUUCCCAAUACAACUCAGUGAGAAGUCAGGUGCUCUGGGCAAUUGCUGCCUCUUGAGGUCAGCUGCAUUGAGCUAACGAAACCAGGAAGUAACAUUACAUGUUGUCUGCUUGAUAGCCAAAGGGGUGUAACCAGGGUAAUUUAUAAAAGUGUAAAUUUAUGUUGAAAUCUGCGUUUUUUGCAAAAGGAAUAAAAGAGGACACACUCUUCACACGUAAAACUUUUCAGCAAGCUAAAGUUGUUUAGGGGUCUGGAGUGACACUUUAAUGAUAUCUUUAAAAUGAUGUAUAUUGGGGUUUUUUUCCUAAGGAAAUUAAACUUUUUUUUUUAAUAUAUAUAUAUAUAUAUAUAUUUUUUUUGAGUACAUGGAUAUUCACACAAGUUUGUAAGAACAUAUCAGCAAUAGUGAAAGCAACAAGGAAAAUUACAGAUUUGUGACAGGACAUGUUAAAAGGUUUGCAGGUUUUUUUUUGGUUUUUUUGAACAUCAGAAGAGGAACAGUGAUGUCUAAAUUUUUCAAUACGUAGUAAGAGAGGGCAUGAGAUAGACAUGGAGAUUAUAGGCAAUAUUUAACAAUAAGACCAGCUUAGACAGAUAGACAUAUUAAUAAAAGGCAUGUAUAGAAAGAGUAAUAGCCAUAUCUCGGUGAGGUCAGAUAAUUAAGGUGACCACCACCACUCCCUAUCCCAUUGACAUCCGACCAGUAUUCCUGAAAGAUCCUGACAGAUUGUAAGUGCAGACAGUGUAAAAUGAAAGAACAUAUAACUAAAACUAAAAAUACAAUCUGCAGUUGUAUGGGUACACCAAAACCUGGGGGCACAGGCCAUUGUAUUAGCGAUGCACAUGAAUGCAGAUUAUGACUCUCAUAAAGAGGUGGGUUGUAGUAGACCUCGGUAGCUGUUCGGGAGAGCAUGGUGCAGUCAGUCCGGGAGAGUCCCUCUGGAGAUCAAUUCGCUCAGGUGCUGUGUCUCGGCUGGGAUGGGGGACUGACCACACCAUCCAUUGGAUCUGGACACCACUUGAUUAAAGCAGCUGGAGGUGUCCUGAAGUGGAAGGGGAUCCUGAACUGGAUGCAAAUGGUCCAUUCUGCAUGCUUUCUCAGGGCCUGUGGUGAUGUGCUGGCCGCAGCUAUUUUGAGGCUCAAGGCACUGUGCACCGCUGUGAGAUGUGUCUGGCAAUGAAGGUAGGUAUCAGGUGUUGUAGCAGUUGGGACCUGGAUAACCUCCACCGGCCCAAAGAGGUCGGGGGAAUACAGGGCCCAUCCACAGAUCAGCCCAUAGGGUCUCGCCGAAGAGGUCGGCUGCAACUCCCAGCCGGUCCCUUGUUAGGCCGCAAAGCAAUCGGGUUGGAGCACUGCCACAGCAGACGUCAGGAAACUUUACAGGAGUGCCCAGUGACACCCGGGUACCUCCAGGUUUUGGCUGGGUUCGAGUUAGCAAUUGGGAUAUCGUGAUUGCCGGAGAUUAGGUGGGUCUUUUGUGGAGCUUGUGCCCGAUGCUCCGGCUCGCCAUGGCGGUCAGGCCCUGCCCUGGGAAAUUUCACUUUUUUAUGUGGCUGAGCAAGCAAGUUGGGUCAGAUUUUACUGUUAUCUGACUAACUACUGCUCAAGCUAGGGAGCGUGCUGCUGUAGUUUGACAUACGUACACAGAGAAAUCACUGCAGCAGCAAACAAGUUAAGCUGAUUAAGCAGAUAGAAAGUAAAAUGUUCUCCAAAAAAUAAAUAUACAUGAUUUAAAGAGUACCACUAAGCUUCAUUAAAUGUAAAAAUGUAAAAAACAAACAAACUGAAAACUAAAAGGUUCCUAAUAGUUGUCCUCUAGGGAAUGUGUGGUCACGCUAUUUCAGUGUAUACAAUUUGGGCCCCUGUCAAAAAAAAAAAAAAAAAGGAACCACCACAUUAUAAUCACUUCCCAAUUAAAAAUAAAGUCUAUUACAAAAAUGAACCCAAUCUUUCUGGUGUUGUAAUAAUAUUUCUAAAAAGACCCAAAGGAUUUUAUAACUUUGAAAAUCUUUAUUUAGAGGAUACGUACAGAUAGAGAGGCACAUUUCAGAGUGUUUACAUUUGUGGUUUGUACAUUUGUUGUGCAACACAUACGGUUCAGCAUUUAUCCAAGAGGUUGCUGUCUAGAACCAUUCCUCUAUCUCAGAUUUUAUGAUUUAGAGAAAAAAAUUAUUCAAAUUAACAUUUUGCUUUAUUCAGUUGCCUGUCACAAUAGAUCUAAGUGUUUGUCGUUAUUAUAGAGUGCCAAUUCAAUAUGAAUUGAUUUUAACUCUCUCCCCAGAUUAUCCAGACCCUAAUAACUUCGCAUGGGACAGAUACCUGGCGGAGACUGGGGCCACAGCAGUGCCUUCCAAGGCUUUCCAUACGGUACCUAUAUAUCUAGUUAGAAGGCCUCUGAGUACCUUCCUGACAUUUAAAUGAUUAAAACCAGUUGCUAUUUGUAAUAGUCUCCCUACCCUCUUCAGUCACUAUCCAAUAGAACUGUAUAUGACUGUAGGAGAGACCGAUUGCUAAAGAGGAGCAUUUGGAAUAUCUUGUCAGCUAGGCUAACUCUCUAUCACACCUAAGAACAAGUACUUUUUGUAGCAAAAGAACAGUAAGCUGGCCAUGGAGGAGGUUUAGAUGUUUACAUAAUAUGUACUUUGUCCUUUUCACAGUGCUGGUAUCUAGAACGUUUUUGUAAUUCAUUUAACUACUUGAAAUAAAAUGUGGAUUUUUUUUAUUACAUGCUCUGAGUUGCAUCAUGCUAAGUUUCUACCCAGCUAUAUGACUUCAGCUCACACAGACCUCUAUACAGACAGGACACUGGAUUAAAGGGGGUAUUCAACUUUUCCAGAAUUUACACCUGAAUAAUUUGUUGAAAAUCGUCUUUAACUCGUGUUUGAAAAAGCUAGCAAAUGACAUUGUGAUCCAGUUCAGACAAGGCAAACCUUAAAAACGAAGAGGAGAAAUAGACAUUGGGGGAUAUUUAUCACAGCGUUCUGUUGUAAAAUUCUAAAAUCAGGCCAAUAACUCUGAAACCAAUAGAACCAGUAGACACAUUCCAUUGGUAACUUCUCCCCUUUUACACUUUGCACCACUUUGUAGAACAGAAUAUUUUUCUAAAUCUCUCCAUUGUUUAAUUUCUCCUCCAUGUUUGCUUUCUUUAUGCUGAGUCCCCGUUGACACAAAGCUUAUGACAAUGAUUGACAGGGUGCUAAAACUGAACCCAGUUGCAGAAUAAAGAAUUUUACACAUCAUUUUAUUUUCACACCCCAAAUAACACAUUUGUCAGAUAUAGGUGCUACGUAUACAAAAUAUAAAAAUCCUGGACAGUGACACUUCCUAUUUUAAGUACAGAACCAUCUCUGCCUGUGAUUAUAUUGUGAGAGUUCCCUAUCAACACAUUACUUUAUUCAAUUUAUUUCGGACUUGUCUCCAUUUCUUUUAUGGUUUUGCUCACUUUUUAAUUGCACUUUCUCUCUUUCUCCUACUUCAUUGGUUUUCAAAAGCGGCCCCCGCAUGGAUUCAAAGUCAACAUGAGGCUUGAAGCUGUAGAUAGACGAAGCCCAUCGCUGAUCCGUGUUGCAUCUGUGGUUGAUGUGGAGGAAUGUAGGAUAAAGGUGAUAUGACAUGAAGACGCUCCCCCUCUAUACAUUAUAUAGCUAUAGUUCUUGUCGAGGGUGACAGCAUGGACCCCCUCCCCCAUUCAGAUUUGUGUUUGUUGGAAGGGGUUAUCAUCAACUUGGUUUCUGACUACCCCUCCUAACCUCUAAGGUUCACUUUGAUGGCUGGAGCCACCUUUAUGAUUUCUGGCUGGAUGCUGACCACCCAGACUUGCACCCUGCAGGCUGGUGCCAAAGAACCGGACACCCCCUACAGACACCACUCCGUGAGUGUGCCCACGUAUACCUAAGGCUCGUUAUUGUAUACAUGGUUGCAUAUGGACAUGAGCAUACCGUCAUAUGUGCACACUUAUACCCAACAGAUUCUAAUGUUCCAUUAUAUCUCACUUCAUAUUGGUAUACAUUGCUGUACACCUCUGUGGGGCUAUUAACGAGUGUGUGUUAUUCAUUCUUCACAAUUAUUUCUUUACUGAGUUAAUUACAAAACAGUGAGUUGGCAAUGGACAAUCAGAAUUCUGACAUCACAACUACUCAUUGUUUAGUGAAUUGCUCAAAGUUUUCAAGCAUGCUUUCUGAGCCAGAGAGCUUUAAAGUGGAUCUGUCUUUUUUUAGUGUAAUACAAUGAUAAAAUGUUGCUUGAGGAACUGUUUAAAGUCAUGGUUAACACAUCCUGCUAUCAAAAUGCUGACUUGGCCUUUACUAUCUAGACACACAGUAAGUUGUGAGAAAAGAGCAGGAAGACUUUAAAGCUAAUUAACGCGGCACCGUCUGGGGACGCAAAGACCCCCCCAUCGUGAGAUCGCCGCUGGUGGUCCGGUGGCCGGAUAGGUAAAGGUGAUAUUUACUUACCUGAACCUGUCCCUCAGAGGUUCUUCGAUCUGGUUCCAGCAGGUCCUCUUCAGGUCCUCUACUUGCAUGUGCGAGAGUACAGCAUUGAGAUCUAUGGAGGAUCCCGCGGAGCCAAUUCUCUGCAACCGUCUAUGGUGAAGGCUGUCAAGGUUAAAUCUGUAGCUCCGCCCAGAAUCUAGGAAAGUCAGGCGGAGGAAAUAUAGAGUCAAAACAGUCCCUAAUUUGUCUUUGUAUAUCUCUUGACUGGGUUGGAAUGUCAGUGAAAUUUCAGACACAGUCAAAAUGAGUAUUUCAUAAAGAUUCUCUAACAUUCAGAUUGGCCUUUUUAUCACCCUCAGAAAGAAUGCCCAUGUGGCAACGUAGUCGCUACUAUAACUGAGCACAUUUUGUGAAAUGUAUAGCUAGAUUCUGAUUGAGAUAUUUUUUUUCUAAAAACGAACAAUAAAAAUGAAAUAACACAUCCACUUUAAAUUCCCAUUGUUUUCUGAGUUUAACAAUAAAUUUGGAUAUUCUCUUUUUUGAUACAUUUCUGCAGAUGUUGAAAAACUCCCGUUAGAUAUUUUUUUUUAGCGUUUGGAAGAGGUAUUUCUUUAUUAGACCCCAUUUAAUUAAGAUCUUGGCACACUUGGCAUGCAUGCAUCAUGCUGUUUAGAAUGACAAACUUGUAACCCACAGACGUGUCUAUUUCGACUGAGUGUGUUUCACAAUGUCUUGAUGAGCCUGGAACCAUAACAAAUGACUACAUAGUCUAUGGUGGUGUGGAUGAGAUGCAUCUGUUGACUGUUUUAAGGUAUUGCAUAUUAGUAAAUAUGCACAUAAUCAAUGUCUUCAUCUGAAUGCAUUAACAUGCCAAUCUAUGGAAUCUAUUCCUAUAACAUAUAUCAUUUCAGGGCACAGGGAUGUUCCCAGUGUGUCUCCAGGAACUUGCGUGUCCCUCAGCUGCAAGGGGAUACCCCACUCUCGGAGCACUAAAUACAGCUUUCAGCACAGGUCAGUCAUUGGAUAUGUUUCUUUCUACUGUGUUCUGCCCUGUAACAUGUUCAAUAACUCUGCUGCUGUGAAAUAUGGAGUAAAACCUCUUAAUUCUCUGCUGCUGUGUGUGGGACAUGAUUAAUGUAGGCUAUUUUCCCUUCUCCCUUUUAAAGUGUCUAUAUAUAUAUCUUGUAGCUGUAGUCUCACGUUCUUCGUUUAAAAUUCAGUCUUUAUUGGAUCAUGUUAAAAAAGAUCAACGUUUCAGUCCUAAUGAAGGACUUUCAUCAGGGUCAACAUUAAAUAGGACUGAAACGUUGAUCGUUUUUAACAUGACCCAAUAAAGACUGGAAUUUAAACGAAGACCGUGAGUGCAUCUGACUACAGCUACAAGUUGGAAAUCUUAAGCCACAGUAUGCACCCAGCAUCAAUUUGAAGAUUUGGCCAGUAUAGUCACCAAACAACUUAAGCUUAAUGAAGCAGGUUUAGAGUAUAGAUCAUGCCUUUUAGGAUUUUAAUUCACUUUGUUUAUCCUGCUCUAGUCACCCUGCAUGUGAAUUACACAUCCUUCCGAAACACUUCCUGUAAAGAGUCAUCUAAUGUUUACACUUUCUUUAUUGCAAAUUAUGUUUCUUAUUUUCUGCUUCCUUAAUAGCUUGCUAGACCCUACAGGAGCCUAGCGUAUGUAAUUAAAGUUCAAAUUACAGAGAAGGACAUAAAGACUUUUAAACUUACAUGUGAUUGAAAAUGAAACCAUUUUGUUUUCAUGCAGGCUGUGUCAGUCAAAGCCAGGGGAGGUGUGACUAGGGCUGCAUACACAGAAACAAAAGUAAUUUAACUCCUAAGCGUUACUGAAACAUCAGAGGCAUGAUCUACACACAGAAACUACUUUAUUAAGCUAAAGUUGUUUUGUUGACUAUAGUGUCCCUUUAACACUACUACAAGAAAUAAUAAGAGGACUCCGGUGAAGCUUGCUUUGUUGGUCCAGCAGCGUAGCUACUGUUUGGUGACUUUCUUUUCUACAGAUGCAAUGAAUGUAUGGCUAUAAACAAUCUACUAAGUCCUUGAUCAACUGUCAAACUGAACUUAAGAGACAUUUGUGCUUCAUAUGUCCUUUUAUCAUGCUGCAGGAAGUGCCCAACUCCAGGAUGUGAUGGCUCUGGUCAUGUCACUGGGAGAUUCACAGCUCAUCACUGUCUCUCUGGCUGUCCUUUAGCUGAUAGGAAUCAGCAACCGGCAAGGAGCAGAAAUGCCAUACCCUUUACUCCACGCAGGAAGUCCAGGCACCACGGCAGGUAUCCGAGGGUAGUAUGGGAAGAUGUAGCCAUUUCUAAUUCUGUCCUUCUUUCUAUAUGCAAAGGAGGUAUGUACUAAGCACUCAGCAAAGCAAUUAGACAGAUUAUGCCUUGCGUCUUGUAGGAUUGGACGUCCUCCCAAAUACCGCAGGGUCCAGCAAGACAAUUACCAAGGUGAGAGCACUGUCAAUGUAUCCCUCUGUUCUGCCAAGAUUUCCCAUAAAGCCUGUUUAUACUGCCUCCUUGUGCUGUAUAUAAGCAGCAAAUAUUAACAGAGCUUUCUGAAUUCCAUAACUGACAUGUAAUCAAGUAAUUAGCUAUGUAUUUCAAUGUAUGAAAUUUUGUUAGUAUCAUAUUAUCAAACAGGUACAGCACUCCUGAAAUCUGGAGUCAAUAUCUGAUCUUCUACUCCACUUAAGGGUUCUGUAUAACCAUCCCUAUUACUCAGCAUGUUUGUCUAUAUAAACCACACCAAGAGCUACCUUAAAAGAACACUAAAAUAACCAAUAGAUCAUGCCCCUGCAGUCUUACUGUUCAAUUGCCUGCCAUUUAGGAGGUAAUUCGCUUUGUUUAUGCAGCCCCUGCCUGUGAUAUAUACAGUUUCCCUUUAAGGGUAAACCUCUUUUAUUGCACAGUCUAUUUCAUCUAGAAUCUUAUCUCCUGCACUGUUAACAGCCUGCUAGACCCUUCAUGAACCUGUGUGUCAUAAAAGUUCAAUUAACAGAGCAGGAGAUACAAGUUUCUAAAGUAAACACACUGUGCUAUUAGAUCUGAUUGAAAUGAAACAAUUUUUUAAAGGAGCUUGUAUGAGUCAAGGGGAGUAUAGAAAGAAAGAAAACAGAUUUAACUCCUAUAUGGAAGAGAAUUGAGAAGUAAGACUGCUCCAAAUAACCCUCCCUAUAAUUCCUUCCAUUGCUUCAUAUAACCCUCCCUAUAACUUCUACUAUUACUCCAUAUAAUCCUCCCUAUAACUCCUUGUAUUGCACCAUACAACUGUCCCUAUAACUCCUCCUACUACUCCAAAUAACCUUUCCUAUAGCUCCUACUAUUGCUCCAAAUAACACUCCAUAUAACUCCUCCUAUUACCCAAUAUACCCCUCCCUAUAACUCCUCCUACUACUCCCUCCAUAUAACCCUCCCCAUAACCUCUCCUAUUACUCCAUAUAACCAAUGGAAGGUAACUUUUCCUGCUGCCCCCUAUAACUCUGCCAUAUUGCACCAUAUAGCUGCUGUAUAUUAACUCUCAUAUAACCCUCUGUCUCCAGACACAGUGCAUCAGUCCCUUUUCAUGUCCGCUCUGUCCGUGCACCCGGAUCGUGCCCUUGCUCACUGCUGGGAGCAGCACUGCCGCCUCCUGCCAGGCGUGGCUGGCAUCAGCGCCAACACAGUAUCUAAGUGGAGCACAGAAGAGGUAGUAGGCACAUUGCAACCCCUUUUCUGGGCAUGGCUGGUCAAACCUGUUCUUACUGACGUCAACUUUCUGUGACUGUAUGAAGUAUGGGGGCAUAUUUAAUUCCUGCAGCCACUGGGUGUCGCUGUGUUCCAUGCAUGGUCAUGUCACUGUAUACUGAGUGGGCACAAACUCAGAUAGUCCCUUUCUCUCACUGACAACUGACCUUCUCAUUUCCAGGUAUUUAGCUUUGUGCAGACACUGACAGGGUGUGAGGACCAAGCCAGGCUUUUUAGAGAUGAGGUGAGAUUAAAAAAAACACAUGUUGUAGUGCUUCUAACCUCCAUUUACUGAAGCAAUAGGUACAUGUUGAUGUUCUAAUGCUGAUGCUACUGGGCUUUCUCUUGCCUCAUGUUCAUUGAUUAUCUUUGUGUCUCUCCUGCACCAACAGCGACCUCAAGGAAUCUUGUUUUACCUUAUUGAUUCAUUGUGCAUUUUUUAAAGUUGAACCGUUACUUUUCCAUCCUAGCACAGAUGCAUCACUCCAUCUUAAGGGUUAUCGCACGUUGACUCACGCGUGGACCUCAAUCACACGAACAGCAAGCUUUUCAAACACUUUCUUUCCCUGCAGAUGAUAGAUGGACAGGCACUUCUGCUUCUGACCCAGACAGACAUUGUAAAGAUCCUAUGCAUCAAGCUGGGACCAGCUGUCAAAAUCUACAACUCCAUCCUCAUGUUCAAGAAUACAGAGGACGCUGUGGACUGAUAGUUGUACAGCGCUUUUCUCCUUACCCAUUUACGCACAACUCCAACAUAUCAUCGCCAACAGUCUUGUAGUUUCUCACUUUGCAACACAUCAACUCACCAAAAACCAUUGAUGUGGCUUGGUUAAGCUAUACAGUGCCAAAUAAAUGUCUCUUUAAAUAUAUUUUUGUGAUUAUGGCUAUGUUACGUGUAGAAGCUCUGGGUACCCUGAAUUCUUUAACUCAGGAGCUUCCACUAGGUGGCGAUCACUGACUCAGUAAGUGUGUGUGAAUAUGUAUUUUAGGAAAGCAACAUCAGGUCUUAAAAGCAAG